UUUUGCAUGCUGAUUUGUGUAUUCCCUCUUUCUUUCUAACUGUAUGGCUAUACUCCCAAAUUCAUGGAAAUGAAGCUUGAUCAUUAUCAGUGUCUCAUGACUUUCCAAAGGCAGAGGCAAAUUGCAUUAGAGUUCACAUCAUUUUGGUAAGCAGUUAGUACAACCAUGAAACAUCUUUUUGCCUCUCUUUGUCUCAUGGUAACCUUUCUACAUGCCUCGGCACAAUGCACUGUCCCAACCUCAGAGUUUCAGCUGGGAGGACAUUAUUUGAUAGGUGGACUUUUUGACAUUCAUAAUGCUAAUGGUCCUGCUGACAGACCGGAAUCGACUGACUGCACCAGUAAAAAGUUAAUUCGAUCAAGUUGUCAGAGGUUUCAGGUGAUGAGAUUCUCUGUAGAAGAAAUCAAUAACUCUACCAACCUCCUGCCAAAUGUGUGUCUUGGCUAUGAGAUAUUUGACCACUGCACAGAUCUACAGAGUUUCCCAGGAAUACUGAAACUUAUCUCAGUCAAUGGCUCGAUCCAACCUUGGGAUGAACCAUACAACAGUCUGUCUAAAUUGAUAGCAGUGGUCGGCACUUAUACAAGCCUUAAGACACGGACUGUAGCCCCACUCUUUAUGAUGAAUCACAUUCCUAUGAUCAGUUAUGGAGCUGCGAGCUCUAUCUUUUCAAGAAAACAGAAUUAUCCCUCUUUCUUACGAACAGUGAAAUCCAAUAAAGACGUCAUAGAAGUGAUUAUUAACAUUGUGCAGCACUUCAAAUGGCGCUGGGUUGCUUUCCUGAACAAUGAUGAUGAUUAUGGCAAUGAUGGACGGGACUUGUUCAUAAAGAUGAUUAAGGACACUGAAAUCUGCCUGGCAUACACCAAAGGCCUGCAUCAUGAUACCGAUUACUCCUCAAUAUUCAGACAAAUACGGGCACAAAAGAUAGGUGUCAUUAUUGUUUUUGCUGCUGAAUGGACUGCUGAAGAUCUCAUUAAGUCAGCAAUACGAGAUAAUAUCAAAAACAAGGUGUGGAUAGCAGAUGGAUGGUCCUUAAACAAAGAGCUCCGUGAGAAGGAAGGAAUCAAAAGUAUUGGAACUGUACUCGGAGUGUCUCACCGAGUAGUGACAAUACCUGGAUUCAGUGAUUUUAUCUAUUCUGCAAAAAGCCAAAAUUAUUCUGAAAAUGAAGGUCAGAAGUUUUGUAAUCAGAUUAGCAAUUGCAGUAAACUAAGCCCAGACGAUAUCCUUAAAGUGGACCCAUCAUUCUCUUUUCCUGUUUAUUCUGCUGUGUAUGCCAUCGCUCAUGCUUUACACAAAGUCUUGCAAUGUGAAACUGGCAGAUGUAAUUGCAAUAUCACAGUGUACCCACACAUGGUUUUGGAAGAGCUGAAGAAAUCAAACCUCACCCUUCUAAACCAAAGUAUUGAGUUUGAUGAGAAUGGUGACCCCAAGCACGGAUCGCAUUCUAUAGUUUUCUGGAACGACAAUGGCGAUGCAGAGGAGGUCGGCUAUUAUAAUUUUCAUUCAUCGCGUCCUCUCUUCAUCAACACUAGCAAAAUUCAGUGGUUCACAAAGAAAGUGCCUAUUUCACUGUGUUCCAAAAAAUGCCGUAAAGGAUAUAAAAAAAAGUAUCACGGAAUCCACAAAUGCUGCUUCAAUUGUGAAAUCUGUCCAAAUGGAACUUAUGUCAACAGCAAAGAGGAUCCCUACAAAUGCAUCCCCUGUAAGGACACAGAAUGGUCUGCAGAAGGAAGUACAUCAUGCAGUCUGCGAGUGGUGGAGUACAUCCCAUUCACAGACAGUGGGGCUAUCCUGAUCAUGGCUGGGACCUGGGUCUUGGUGGGUCUCACACUAGCCAUGUCUGUUCUCUUUGCCAUCAACUACAACACACCUGUUGUCAGAUCUGCUGGGGGACCAAUGUGCUUCCUAAUUUUAGGCUGCCUCAGUCUGUCUAGUCUUAGUGUGUUCUUUUACUUUGGUACUCCAACAAUUUCCUUUUGUAUUUUAAGGUUCUUACCAUUCAUUUUGUUCUACACUGUUUGUCUGGCAUGUUUUGUUGUUCGUUCUUUUCAAAUUGUUUGCAUUUUUAAAAUAACUGCCAAGUUCCCCAAAGUCCACAGUUGGUGGAUGAAAUAUCAUGGACAAUGGCUGCUCAUCACUGUAGCAUUUGUAAUUCAGGCACUCUUACUUGUUAUCAACUAUUCUUGUGCCCCACCCAAGCCCUACAAUGAAACAGUUUGGUAUCCAGACAAAAUCAUACUUAGUUGUGACAUUCAUCUUAGAGAAUCCUCUGGUUCUGUUGUUUUACUUUUGUGUUUGUGCUGCCUUUGCUUUAUUUUCUCCUACAUGGGAAAAGACCUCCCAAAAAAUUACAAUGAGGCCAAAGCAAUAACCUUCUGCUUGUUCCUGCUGAUCCUCACCUGGAUCAUCUUUGCCACUGUAUAUGUACUUUACCAUGGCAAGUACAUCCAAACUCUUAAUGCUCUGGCAGUACUCUCUAGUCUCUACUCCUUUCUGUUGUUUUAUUUCCUCCCAAAAUGUUACAUUAUCAUUUUUCAACCCCACAAAAACACACAGCAGUACUUCCAAGGUCUCAUUCAGAAUUAUACCAAAACAAUUAGCCAGUAGUAGCUGCCAGUCAAUAUGUUACUCUAUACAGAAAUACAGACGUACUUAGGCUCUCUAAAUAUUUUCAAUUAAAAGAUAAUAAUUUGGCUUUUUCUUGUGGUCAAAUAAGUACAUACUUUAAAUCUUGU